AAGACAUGGAACGAAUUCAUGGAUAUGAAAUUUUGGCAUAUUUACUAAAGCAAAAACAUGGACUAUUAACGCCUGAACUUUUAAAUUUAUUGCUUGUCUUUGUAGGGUUGAAUCCAGUCAAUCAAACAGAAUCAGUUAUUAUGAAUCCUCUAGCUUAUCGAUUUUUAAUAUUGGACUUUGAUCUGUGGAGACAUUCUCACGAAAGUGUUCAAAGAGCGCACCUUCAACAAUUUUCAGUAUUUAUUCAUAUAAGCAAUAAUCAUCAUUAUAAUGCUAAGCGUUUAAGCAAAAUGCAUGUUGUCAAGAAAAUGUUGGUCGCGUUAAAGACAAAUGUUAUUCGAUCAAUUGUAACUUUUCUUGUAUCUACAUUAAAUAAACCUUCUCUUAAUCGUCGUGGUACUCGUAAAGAAUCUCCUCUCAAAACUGGUAUUACUACUACAUUUUCCCACGAGAAUAUCUAUGGAAAGGCAUCUAUAAAAAAUAUUGUGACUGAUGUUAGAAGCCUGCCGAUUGAGACGACAGCAAGGCAUAUUGGCGUCAUGGUCAUGGAAAUGCUUACGGACAUUGUUUGCGAUAAGCUUAAUCCUUUCUAUGUCAACAGAUUUGCAACAACUAUCACCAACAAAUGGCCAUUGCUUUUUUUUAGCGAAGAUUCAAAUCCAUCCUGG